AUGGACGCCCGCGACGACGACGAGUACGUGACCGACACCAGCACCGUCGGCGGCGCCGUCGACGACGGCCACCAGCGGCGGGCGCCGCUGUUUCUCCCGAUACCGCCACCACCGAAAGUCGGCGUGUUCCCUCCGUAUAACCCUCGCCACCAGCUUCCGCCGCCGGUGCUCCAGCCAGCGCACCCGCCGCUCACGCUGACGCUCGCCAGACGACGAAUGAGGGUCACCCGCGCCUGUGACCGCUGCCGCCUGCAAAAGAUCAAAUGCCUGGGCACCAAUCCGUGUGUCACUUGUAAUAAGCACAAGAAGCUGUGCACGUACACGACGCUCGCCGAGCAGACGGGGCUGGCGCUGCUGGCGCCGCCGGUGAAGCGGCCCAAAUUAGACUUCCGCCAGGUCGAGCCGUUCGGGUUGCCGCAAAUGGAGCCCACCGGCGCCGAGUACGUGCGCCACUUAGAGAACCGGGUCCAGUACUUGGAGCUGUUACUAGUGCCGAGGGGCGACCAGCUCUUCGCUAAGCCGGAAAGCGACGACCCCAUGCACCCCGACAUGAAGGCUUUAUUGCUCAACGAGAGCGCCAAGUGGCGCUACCUGCGCCGCCACCAGAACUCGCUUAUCAACGCGUUGUGCAAGCAGAUCUACAGCCAGUUGCUGGACGAGCUGAAGGCGAAAGUGAGCAUUCCGAGAAUGCAGUACUUUGCCUGGAACAUGAGCGGCACCCACUACUUGCUGGCAGAGCUGUUGCCGCCUACUCCCUCCAUCGACGGCUUAUUUGAUGAAGCCGAGUACCUAAACUACUUCUUCCAGGACAUUAACCCGUUGUUUGCCAUCAUCCACGAACAGGUAUUCCGCGACCAAGUGGUGGCGUACCACAAAUUGAUGGCGGAGGCCGACGGCGACCACCCCAGCGUCGACGACCGCCAGCUGAAGGCGUACCACGCCAAGUUGUUCUCAGCGAUUUUGAUGUUGUGCUACGUGCUCGCCAUUAGAAUGAAGCAGAUGCUGUUGCCAAACCCGCUGGUGACGAUGCUUAAGCUCGAAGAGCGCUUGUUCAAAUACGCCCACAAGGUGAUCCUGGUGCUCCUGUUUGAGUGGGAGCUGUUUGAGUUGUGCCAGGGGUGGCUCUUGAUCACGAUGUACUUGCGCAUCGCCUACCGGCAAACGUCAAUGUACCACGCGUUGGGGCAGGCGAUCAUCAUGUGUAAGCUGAUGGGGUUGGGGCUAGAUCUGCAGCAGUGGAUCCGGUGUACUCCCUACGAGGAAGUUAAGGCCCGCAGAGUAUUUUGGCUGGUAUACUCGAUGGACCGGUGUCUAGGGCUCCAGCUGGGGAAGUAUUGUACUCUACGCGACGAAGACCGAGGCCGCACCUUCCCCCCGAUGGAGUACCCGCCGCUGCCCCGCGAUCUGUGGAUCACCUUACCCGCUUUCGCCAUGAUCCAGAUCCUGCGACUAGCCAAUUUCGUCCACACCAGCCCCACGGACGUGCUUGAGCUCAGCAAGCUCCAACAGAUCAAUACCGAGCUCUACCAGUUGAGCCAGUGGCUUGACGAGAACGGGUUUGCCAAUGCCAACAUCAUUAAGGAGGGGGGGCUCACCGUAUACGCCCAGGUGAAGCUCAACUACUAUGACCUCGUCCUCACCGUCCACGGCAAACUGUUGUACCUGUUGCUUGACCGCCACACCUCCAAGGCGCUCAAGAUCACCAUGGUGGUGGACGCGAUGCAGGGGACCAUCGACAUCGUCGAGCGCCUCCAUCGCGCCGGCAAGCUCUUCACUCCCUGGUGGUUGACGAUGCUUUUACUAUUCAACAACGGCAUCGCCGCCUGCUGCCUCAUCCACGGGGGCACCUUCAUCAGCCAGGCGCGCGAGAUCCUCCACAAGCUGGUGAAAUACCUAAAGAUCCUCCGCAAGCUGCCGGUACGCGACGAGCUGAAUAAGCUCAUUGUGCGCGAGCGGUUCAAGAUGGUUAAAGAGUGUAUUUGGGCGGUCAAAAUGACGAACCACAUCUUGCUGUUGCGGCUUCAAGAAGACAUGGACGCCAUCAAACUGGUGGGGAUCGACCACGGGCUGAGCGACGUCAACCAGGCGCUGUUCAGCCAAUUGGGGGUGAUGCAAGAGGACGUUACCCCUCACGAGCCCGAGUACCAGACGUUGCUCGGCAAGGACGUCCCCGUCGACGACGACCAGGAGGCGUUUGACGACUUGCUCCUCAACCUCCAGUGGUUCGACCAGUGGGGCGAUUUUUCCCUGGUCGACGGCCUCGACAAGCUUGGCGAUAACGGCACCACCGCGUGUGACCCGAGCAUAUGA